AAUUUGAAUUUACCAAAUUCUCUUAUUGGGAUUGAUAAAAUCCUUACUAUUGGUAUUUUUUUAAUUAAAUAGUAGAAAAUUUUGUAAGGAUUAAAGUUGUAAAUUGUAAUAAUUUAGUGCUAAUUUGGUCAUAUUUCUUAAGCCAAAAAAAAAAAAUAAAAAAAUAUACUCUUUGGACUUACUUCAAAGUUGCCGAAGAAUAGGGGAUUUUAGAUGUUGGUAAGUGGUGAAUUCAACCUAUAAGUUAUGGCUGUUGCUGAUUUUCUGUGCCGGGCUGAGACAAGGAGAGUGUUAUGGGUAAUGGGAGGUGUUUUUGCAUUUUCUAUACUUUUUCAAUUUUGUGAACUUCCGUAUGGGAAUUUCAUAGGAUCUUUGUUUUCUAGAAUGAACUUCAAUAGAAUGAACUAUGUCAAUACACAAAUCAAUUUUACUGGUGGAUUUGAUGAGAAAAUCAGUAGAAGCGAUUCGUUUUUUUCGAUUGAAUCAAAGAAGAAUGAUGACAGUUCUGGAGUGGAAUUGCUGAAACCAAACACGAAUUUAGCACCACAAAGGGUUAUGGAAUUUGGGAAUAGAUUCAGAGGUAACAAUGGAAAUGUAGCUCCGGUGUUUGAACAACAAAAUAAAGAUGAUAAUAUUGUACCUCCACCAUCGAACACUGAAUCACCGCCAUCACCUCCACAAGUUGAUGAUAAUUUGAUUGUUCCUAUACCUUCUCCGACUGAUGAAAUAGCUGUUAUUGUUGUCCCUUUAAACUCGACGAAUGCCACUAUACACCUGAUGAAUUCACCAGCUCCCUCUGUUUCACAUAGGCGUGUUGACACCGAUGAUAAUUCGACUGUAUUGGCUAGUUCUCAUAAUCCGAAUGAAGCAACAGGGCUAUUAAGAAAUGAUCAUGCCUUGUCAGGGAAUGGCUCCACGAUGACCAAAAGAACUCCUGCUGCGAAAAAAGCGUCUUUGGAAGGUGUAGUGUCAAUAUCUGAAAUGACUAAUAUGUUGCUUCGGAGUAGUCACCCGUCAAACCUUUUAACGAAUCCGGCGUGGUCUUCAGCUGGUGAUAAAGAAUUGCUUAGUGCAAAAUCACAGAUUGAAACUGCACCUAACAAUAUCAGUGAUGUUGGCCUAUAUGCACCAAUUUAUCACAAUGUUUCAAAGUUUAAAAGGAGUUAUGAGUUAAUGGAACAGAAUCUCAAGAUUUACAUCUAUAAGGAGGGCAAGAGACCCGUAUUCCAUCAACCAAAGCUCAAGGGCAUCUAUGCUUCAGAAGGUUGGUUCAUGAAGCAGUUAAAAGCGAGCAAGGAGUUCCUCACCGAUGACCCAAACAAAGCACACCUGUUUUACUUGCCUUUUAGUUCUCAAACAUUGGAAGAAGUGGUGUACGUGCCUGGUUCUCACAGCUUCGAUAAAUUAAAAGCAUUUUUGAACAAGUACCUCGAUUUGAUCAAGGGAAGAUAUCCUUUCUGGAACAGAACACAAGGAGCUGACCAUUUUCUUGUUGCUUGCCACGACUGGGCCCCGGAAGAAACUAGGCGUGAGAUGGCCAAUUGCAUAAAGUCUUUAUGCAAUGCUGAUUUAAGAGAAGGAUUCAAGUUUGGCAAGGAUGCUUCUCUACCAGAAACAAACAUUGUCUCAAGUAAUCCCUCGAGAAGCCUUGGGGGAAAUCGUCCUAGCCAACGAAAAUUCCUUGCUUUCUUUGCUGGAAAUAUGCAUGGGUAUGUCCGUCCUAUUCUUUUAAAGUAUUGGCAAGACAAAGAUCCAACGAUGAAAAUCUAUGGCCGAAUGGACAACCAUGACUAUAUCCUCCACAUGAAGAGCAGCAAGUACUGUAUAUGCGCAAGAGGUCAUGAAGUGAACAGUCCACGAGUCGUGGAGUCCAUUUCCUACCAAUGUGUUCCUGUGAUCAUAUCUGAUAACUUUGUACCGCCAUUUUUGGAGACAUUGAACUGGGAAACAUUUGCUGUUUUCGUUCAAGAGAAGGACAUUCCCAAUCUCAAGUCUAUACUCGAAUCAAUCCCGCUAAGAAGGUAUCUGAACCUUUAUAACAAUGUGAUGAAGGUACAACAACAUUUCCUUUGGCACCCUCAACCAGUAAAGUAUGACACCUUUUACAUGAUACUUCAUUCUAUUUGGUAUAAUAGAGUUUUCCAGAUUGCAUCCUAGCAAGUUUUGGAUUUGCUCAUAUUGUAGCUUUUACAAGGAAGAAAAAAAAAGAACAUUAUUAUUAUUAUUUCGAUUGAUUGGUGCUAUUCCCAAUUUAA